CUACAAAACAAAACCCUUGACAAAAUCCUUGCAGAAAGAAGGACAUGGCUGAAUCUUCGCCUCCUGCCAAGUUCAAUCUACUAGCAACCAAAACUGUGCAAGAACAACUCACUGAAGGUGAACUACCAGUUCCACCGCAGAAAUAUAUUCUCAAAGAUGGCAUCCCACUUCCAGAUCCUUUUGUUGAGUUCAUGGAUGUUCCAGUUCUUGAUCUUGGUCUGCUCACACCUUCCUCAAUCAGUAUGGAAGAAAUUGACAAACUCAUAUUAGCUCUAACCAGAUGGUUGCUUUGAGACUAUACCUUACUGUAUAUCCACCACACCAGCGCAACCUCAAGUUUUGGCCUGAAAAUCCCAAAUCUUUUAGGGGUAUCAUAGACCAAUAUAUCAGUAACUUACAGGUGAUAACAGAAACUGUCCUUAAAGGCAUGGCACGGUCAUUGAAUUUGGAGGAAGAUUGCUUUCUGGACAAGUAUGGAGAACAAAGGAAAAUGGAUGGUAGGUUCAACUUCUAUCCUCCAUGUUCAAGGCCUGAUCGUGUACUCGGUACCAAGCCACAUGCAGAUGGAACCAUAAUCACCCUUCUGUUGCAAGAUAAAGAAAUGGAAGGUCUUCAAUUUCUGAAAGAUGAUCAAUGGUUUAGGGCUCCCAUUGUUCCUGAGGCGCUUCUCAUCAAUGUUGGUGAUCAAGCAGAGAUAUUAACUAAUUAUGGACUGUUCAAGAGCCCAGUGCACAAGGUAGUGACAAAUGCAGAAAAGGAGAGAGUAUCCUUGGCUGUGUUCUGCGUCCCGGAUGGAGAGAAAGAGAUUGAACCCUUUGAAAGCCUCAUCAAUGAGUCGAGGCCAAAGUUGCACAAAAAGGUGAAAAACUACGUUGCCAUUUAUUUCGAAUACUACCAGCAGGGAAGAAGACCAAUUGAGGCAGCAUUGCUAUAACCUCUGAUUAGGUACCUCUUAUGCCUUGUACCCGAAAAUGAACAACUUCCAAGUUGUAUUACUGAGAUGAUAAUGGCAUGAUUCC